CAAAACCUCAAACGGAAAUGACGCUUCCCUACGCGAGGCGGAAAUUUCCCGCCCCACCCGUAAGAGUUGAGGUUUGACCAGCGCCAGUGAGCAUCUUGUCCGGGUUCCAGUUUUCCUUGGCUCCUUCUCCUGUUGCUGCAGCUGUAUUCCUGGGACUCAGAUGGACCACACAUCCCCGACCUACAUGCUUGCUAACCUGAGCCACUUACAUUCUGAGCAGCUUCUGCAGGGCCUGAAUCUUCUUCGCCAGCAUCACGAACUCUGUGACAUCAUUCUUCGAGUAGGUGAUGUUAAGAUUCACGCUCAUAAAGUGGUACUUGCCAGCAUCAGCCCAUACUUCAAGGCUAUGUUCACUGGAAACCUUUCUGAGAAAGAGAACAGUGAGGUUGAGUUUCAGUGCAUUGAUGAAGCUGCCCUGCAAGCCAUUGUGGAGUAUGCCUACACGGGGACAGUUUUCAUUUCUCAGGAUACAGUCGAAUCUCUCCUGCCAGCAGCAAACCUACUCCAGAUAAAACUUGUCCUGAAAGAAUGUUGUGCAUUUCUUGAAAGCCAACUUGAUCCUGGUAACUGUAUUGGAAUUUCCCGUUUUGCAGAGACAUAUGGUUGUCAUGACCUUUAUUUGGCAGCUACUAAAUACAUAUGCCAGAAUUUUGAAUCUGUUUGCCAGACAGAAGAGUUUUUUGAGCUUACACAUGCUGAUUUAGAUGAAAUUGUCUCCAAUGACUGCUUGAAUGUAGCUACUGAAGAGACAGUUUUUUAUGCACUAGAGUCGUGGAUCAAGUAUGACGCACAAGAGCGCCAGAAAUACUUAGCGCAGCUGCUGAACAGUGUGCGGCUGCCGUUGCUGAGUGUUAAGUUCCUCACUAGGCUCUAUGAAGCAAAUCAUCUUAUCCGCGAUGACCGCGCUUGUAAACAUCUUUUGAAUGAAGCCCUAAAGUACCACUUCAUGCCUGAACAUAGACUCUCUCAUCAGACAGUCUUGAUGACACGACCUCGCUGUGCUCCCAAAGUAUUGUGUGCAGUAGGAGGAAAAUCUGGACUGUUUGCCUCUUUGGAUAGUGUGGAGAUGUACUUUCCUCAGAAUGACUCUUGGAUUGGUCUGGCACCCCUAAGUAUUCCUCGCUAUGAAUUUGGAAUAUGUGUUUUAGACCAAAAGGUCUAUGUUAUAGGCGGUAUUGAAACUACCGUGCAUCCUGGAGUCACUGUGAGAAAGCACGAGAACUCAGUAGAGUGUUGGAACCCUGACACAAACACCUGGACCUCGCUAGAGAGGAUGAGUGAGAGCCGAAGCACCCUCGGAGUGGCCGUGCUUGCGGGAGAGCUUUAUGCUUUGGGUGGAUAUGAUGGACAGUCUUACUUGCAAUCUGUAGAGAAGUACAUCCCCAAAAUUCGACAGUGGCAACCUGUGGCCCCAAUGACCACCACAAGAAGUUGUUUUGCUGCAGCUGUUUUGGAUGGAAUGAUAUAUGCCAUUGGAGGGUACGGUCCUGCUCACAUGAACAGUGUGGAGCGUUACGAUCCAAGUAAGGAUUCCUGGGAGAUGGUUGCAUCCAUGGCUGAUAAAAGGAUUCACUUUGGCGUUGGAGUUAUGCUAGGUUUUAUUUUUGUGGUAGGUGGACAUAAUGGUGUCUCACAUUUGUCAAGCAUUGAAAGAUAUGACCCUCAUCAAAAUCAGUGGACAGUGUGUAGACCAAUGAAAGAGCCUAGGACAGGAGUUGGUGCUGCAGUAAUCGAUAACUGCCUUUAUGUAGUCGGUGGUCACUCAGGGUCUUCCUACCUGAACACAGUACAGAAAUACGACCCUAUCUCAGAUACGUGGCUGGAUUCAGCUGGCAUGAUAUACUGUCGCUGCAAUUUUGGAUUAACUGCACUCUGAUGAGUGUGAACUCAAAACUCAUGGAAAGCGCACAUGGUGGUGCCACAGGAAAGAAUGCCCAGUGUCCUGAACCUAAAAGCUACACUCCCUUCUUUCUAACUUGAAGCGGCAUGAAGACUCAAAGUUUGGUUGAAUACUUUGAACUGACAGUUUGAAUUGCUCUUGAUUAUACAGUAAAUCAAUAAGUUAAAAAAAAAGAAAAAGAAAAAAGGAAAGACCUAAGCAAUUGAAUUGUGCACUUUUCUCCACUGAGACUGGGAUAGACUAGUUUUUAUGGUCCUAUGCGUAAAGAAACCUUGCUGCUUUUCUGGUUUUGUUUUCAGUAAUUUGAGCUCUUCUUUCUUGAUCUGUGUUUGACUUACUAGGAUGAGAGAAGCUUCAGACCCUGCAGUGUGUCAAAUGACUGCACAGAAUGUGGGUAGUCAAUGUUGGAUGUCAAUUCAUGUGCUUCAUGUGUUGUUGUUGUUUUUUUUUUUUUUUUUUUAAAGGGCUGCUUUUACUUCGGGUACUGUUAAGCGUUGUAAAUAACUUACCAGUCAUCUUAGUGUUCUUUCUGCUAAAUGGUUUUAGGGCUAAUAGUGUGGUAAGGUUGCACAACAGUGGCUUGAAUUAUCGAAUCGGGGGCCCUGUUUUAAGACAUUACAUAUUUGUUGUUUGUGCUUUCUCUCUAUGGGCUGGAUGAACUUUGUUUCUCAGCUGUGCUUUGGUAAGCAUGGACAGAAUACUGACCGUGUCAGUCUUGGCUGUUCUUUAGAGCUACCCAGCAGGAUCUUGACAGUUGAUGUAAAUAUAUCUGAAAGGUAUUUAAUACCACCCUUGAUGCAUAUUGUUUUUUAUAUAUUCUUAAUUUUAGUUUUUUAAGAUCUUAAUUUUAUUUUCAGUGUUCAAAAUAUAAAAAUGGUGCUAACUGUAGGAUGUAAGCAAAGCUCUAACUAGUGUAGUUUGGAUGUUCAGUGUGAGGUGCAUGACGUACUGAUAAUUGUUUUUAUUUUACUGCUUGAUUCAUUUGUGGUUAUGGAAAAUGUUGGUGAUUACAUUAGUGUUAACAUCCAGAAUAAUCUCACUGGCUUGAGUUACACUUCCCAUGGUUUUUUAAUGGUGACUUAAAGAAUGAUGCGCUUUUUUUCCCUUCUUGUUCUAGCGAUUACAUGUCCUUCAGCACAGAAAUACACACACCAAACAUAACAUGCUAGUCAGGUACAUUACUGCAUUCAUUUCUUAGGUGACUGAAUGUUUUAACUUACUGAGGAAAACUGGAACUUGAUGUUUACUUGAAUAAAUGGUUCCAAAUUUGGUUCUGCUUUGAUUAAAGAAACUAUCUUUCAAAACAAAACUGGUUGUUACAGCCACUGACAGCUUAUUUAAAAGAAAUAAUUAACUUAUUUUAGCAUGGGUUGGUAAAUAUCUGUUAGUAUUCAGCACAUUAACUUGCAGUUUAUUAUGAUGUUGGUCCUUGCAUUUUCAUCUUUUAGUAAUUCUUUUUUCAUUUUUACCCAUCUACUCUCUUUUAUAACCUCUACACAGUGAAUAGUUUUUCCUAAGAAAAAGCUCACCCUGCAUUCUUAAGUGCCAUACUAGUCUAACUGUUGUUAAGAAGCCAUUUGUAAUUAUAAAUCCUAGCUUUACCUGUUAGCAUAUAUGUUAUUACUCAAAAACUAUAGCUGGGCAAUUUGUAGUUUUCCUCGUUCUUCCAUAAAAUACCAGUUGCAGAUUUGAGGAUAUAUUGUGAAACUAUGUAAAAUCAUCUUUAUUCAUAAAGCAACACCAUGCUUUACAAAUAUUUGCACAGAUUAUGAAGCCUUGCAAGCAGUUUUUAGUCUCUUCUAGCCUAGAACUCAACAGGAGCUAAUACAAUCAACUGAGUAUUUUCUAUGUCACUUGUUUAAAUAUCAUAAUGAUGCAUAGCAAUAACUUUUUCAUUGAUUUGAAUAAAUCUGCUGAAUAGAAAUAAGGUGCACUAUUGUGCUUGGCCUAAACCUUAUUUAAAGAAAAGCAAUUUAAAGUAGAUUCCAGCACAUACUCACUUUUAAAUCCCCCGUGUAGUUGUUUUUAUUUAUAUCAAUCAAAUUAUUAAAUGUAUUCUGUUAUGCUACUUUUAAUCUCUUUCUCCCAGAAGUGAAGUGAAUCUAAAAGACUAGCAGGUUAUUUUAAAUAUACACACAUCUACCCAAUCAUUCUGUUUCAGCAGGACUUUACUCAUAUAGUUUCCAGUAUGCAGUUUAGUUAGGUUUUAAUGACAUAAGCAAGAUUUAUGAAAAUCAUAAUGUUUAUAGAAUCCAUGUGGAGUCUGGAAAGGUGGCUCAGCGGUUAAGUUAAACAGCUCUUUCAGUGGAUCCAAGAUUAGUU